AUGUGUGUGUCUGCAACUAAAUUGCAGUUCAUGACACAUCCACACGAUCCAACAUGUCAAAUCAUGUAUCAUGAGUCCAAGAUUGAUCAAAAACCUGAUCAUGCAUGGUGUGAUGUGACCAUGAUCAUGGUGGAAUGUGUUGGAAUUGACAAUCGAUACACCAUGCACAUGACUGGAACAUAUAUAUUCGAAUGUGGUUUGGUUGGUGCCAGGUUGAUCAUGCAAUCGCAUCGGUGCAACGAUCCAGUCGCAUGGUGUGAUACAGUGGUUCGUGCAAUACAAUAUCCAGAUAUUUGUAGUGUUGAACACGACGAAUCUGUUGUUCGUGUAGCAUCAUAUCAAUUGGUAAUUCGGAAUCAAAGUGUUGUGACCACGGAAACUAACUGCUGUAUUGCAUCAGCUAGUCGAUUUCAAGAUAUAUCCGAGUCGAGAUCAGUUGCAUCGUCACGAAUUAGAAACAGUUUGGAUGGUGGAAGUGAAUCACGUAUAUGCCAGUACUGCCAUUACUGCAAGUCAAUGGAAUGGAAUGGAGUGAUGGCUGUUGUGUGUGUUGCACCACCAGACAUGACUCGAGCUGCUGCAAAUGUCAUAUCAAAACGAUCAUCAAUACUGUCCGGUCAAUGUUACCAUGUCAAAUCAUCUGUUUGGUUGAGCGAUACAGUCGACGUUUAUAUUCCCGAGCAGUAUGUGCAUGAAGUGGUGAAACACACAGUGAGGAUGUCGUUGGAUGCCUGCGUUGACAGUUUUUGUAGUUGCAGAUCCAGUUGGAUUGAUAGACAAGCAACUGUGCAAACAACUGUGCGAGUGGCAGGAUGUUUGAGAUCCAACAAAACACUGUUUGCACACAAGUUCGCGAAUGCAGAUUGUCAGACUUGA